AUUUUUACGGCAAGCUUGUUACAGGUCAGAGGUCAGCAGCAGUAGCAGACGCCUCCGAUCGGUAUCGAUGCCUCCUCUAAGUGUUCGGGAUGUGGCCAGUCUCCUUCUGAUUCCGCUGCUUUUCUACUUAUUUCUGUGGUUCUGGUUAGACUCUGACCCGGACCUGCAGCCUGGACUAUUCGACUUUGAAGACGAUGAAUUUUUGGGACGGGAAACCAACCCGGAGUCCAACCCGGAUGUUGUGGACUUGGAUGGGGUGGCGGAUGGGGAGUUUGGAGUGAGCAAUGUUGUGGAGAGGGUGUUGUGCCCAAAGGAAAGUUUUAAACUCGCCACGAUGGAAAAUUGUUUGCCGUGGCUUGGGUGCAAAGAAAUAACUGAUGAGGUCAUCGUACACCACAUGCUCGGACAGGGCGCCGUGAAGCAGGUUUACAAGGCUACCUGGAGAGGCCACACGGUGGUAUACAGUAACCUGACUCAACAGGCUUUCCUCCAGGACUUUCUACAUGGUGUUCAGAUGCUGAGGAAAAUGCAACAAACUUCUCAUGUCGUGCAGCUAGUUGGAUCGUGCCACACAACUCUCCUUACAGAAUAUCACAGACUUGGAUCUGCAGAAAAUAUUGAGACCAUUUUAGACAGUGAGGAGUUCAGCAACUUUAGCAAUGUUAGAGCAAGAUUUGACAUGGCUAUGAGUUAUCUAGAAGCAAUACAUUUCCUACACAACAGUCCAGUCGGCACACGAGUCAUGUGCGAUUCAAAUGAUCUCCUUAAGACUUUAUCACAGUUUCUCAUCUCAGAGGAUCUUAAACUUGUAUUAAAUGAUUUGGAUGCCUUACCAGAAGUAAAUCCGGAAGCACAGCUUUUUGUUAAAUGUGGAUCAAGGGAAAUUAAGUCAGAUUUUGUUGCACCUGAACAGCUUUGGCCCUUUGAAAAUGAGACAUUUGAUGACUCAAGGAUGCCUUCCUAUGAUGAAAAAACUGACAUUUGGAAAAUACCAACUGUUGUUGACUAUUUACUGGGAAAUGUAAAUGGCAGUGAUGUUGUUAGAUUACAUUUGUUCAAAGUGCACCAACAGUGUAAAAAUAGGGACCCCAAGCAACGGCCAAGUGCCAAGGUAUUACUGGAGGAGUACAAGAGGGCUAGGAGUAUGCUUUUUAGUGUAUAAACAGCAUGGUGUGAAAAUGUAGUCUUGUACUAUCAAACUUCAGGACAGUUUUCAUGUGUAUACAAAAUAUUUCAAAAAUCAACUAUGUUACUUUAACAAUGACAAUGUUAUUCACAUUCAGCUCUAACAAUGCUAUGUAAAAACGUUAUUCAUAGUUGGAAAUAUAAGUUUUCAAUUUUCAUUCUACAAGAUAUGAUGAAUGAACAUCACGGACCACAGCAUAUGUAAUGUAAAUGAUUAAUACACAAUCAUGGAGUACACUGUACUGGGCAUCUACAGUUGGAUUUCUUUUGGAGUAGAUGACAUUUA